ACAAUACUACUAACAGAGCCUCCACAAAAGAGAAUGCUUCGGUCCAAUUUCCGUCGUGAAAUCCCCAAAUAUACCGGGCUUUGUCGCCGGAAGAUACAUAGCGAUCUCGAAGAUGCCGGUCCAAUGGCAUCUAAGCUUAAAUCUCGUUCCGUUGUCCGGUUUAGUGGACCGGAUACGGUUAAGUUUCUUCAGGGUCUGUUGACCAACGAUGUACGGAGGUUCGGUGAAUCGGCCGGCGAGAAAAGCGCGACGGUUCCUACGCCGAAUAUGGCUUCCGUCUCGACGCCGCCUAUGUACGCGGCGUUGUUAACUCCUCAGGGAAGGUUUCUGUACGAUUUUUUCUUGUAUAGCCCGACCCGGCCCGAGGAAAAGCUCAAUCGGACUGGUUCCGGACCCGGGUCCGAUUCGGAACGUGGUGGGUCUGUUGAGUUGUUCGCAGAUGUUGAUGUCUCUGUCCUCGAUGAAUUGCUGGAAACACUAAAAAAAUAUCGCUUGAGGGCGAAAGUGGAUAUUGAAAACGUUGCAGAGGAGUUCUCGUGUUGGCAACGUUAUGGUAGGAACCUCUCUGGAUCUUCAUCUGUGGGUUGGGGCGGUGGCGUUGAUCGUGCCGGUGAAUCUACAGCUAGUGGUAAUAAAUAUGGAUGGCAAUGGUACAAGGAUCCAAGGUUGGAUUGUCUCGGUUACAGAAGCAUUUUUCCUUCCGAUGCAACCCCGCCUUUAGUUGAGGCAGAUAAAGAAACAGAUGAAAGGAAUUACCUUUUAUGGAGAUUAGAGCAUGGAGUUGCUGAAGGAUCAGCUGAAAUCCCUAAAGGGGAAGCAAUUCCGCUUGAGUAUAAUUUCGUUGGUCUUAAUGCUAUAAGCUUUGACAAAGGGUGCUACGUUGGUCAAGAGCUUAUAGCUCGUACUCACCAUCGAGGUGUCAUCCGCAAACGCUUACUCCCUUUACGAUUCAUUGAUAGAAAUGGAAAAGAGUUAAACCAGAAGAUUGCGGCUGGAGCAGAAGUGGUUGAAUCAGGAACCGGCAAGAAAAUGGGGACGGUUUCAACGGCUUUGGGUGGCCGUGGAAUGGGAGUGAUGAGAGUAGAGGAAGCCUUUAAAGAAUCAUCUGAAUUGACAGUAAAAGGUUCAGAGGAUGUGAAAGUUGAGGCGAUUAAGCCGACUUGGUGGCCGUCUCAGUGGUUCGAACAGAAUCAAUCAGGAGUUGCCUCUGCGUAGUAACCUCCGGUAACAAGAUUGUUACUUUUGUCAGAGUUUUUUUUUUUUUCAGUUUUUAAAAUAAAGUUAAUUACUUUCCGGCGAGGAAUUAGCCUUUGUUUGUAUUCCACUGUUUAACUUAUACCAAUAAAGGUUGUUUUUUUCGGCGAGUUUUAGGCGCCGUAGAAUUUUGUACUAACUGUCUCUUAAGGGAAUCUUCCGUUUUUUGUU